UUGCAUUUCAGAAAAAUGAUUAGAGUGAUUGUGUUGCUAUUUCUUACAUCACUGGUUCUAUCGGCCAGGGAACCGAAGCAGAUUAACUUGGCUAACCAGGGGACGAUAGCUGGGAUGUACAUAACAAGGUUUCGAACUAAGAGGGUAGCAGCGUAUGUUGGUAUUCCUUACGCGCAACCUCCAUUAGAGUUCAGGAGAUUUACCCCACCCGAGUUUACCGAUCUGCCCCAAUGGGACGGUGUGAGGAACGCGACGAUAUAUGCACCGGAUUGUAUGCAGACGGACCCUAAGAAGGAUGAUGUGCAGAAUAGUUUGAAGAAACACGAUGAGUUGUUUAUGAAGUUGUUGGACGGUCAGCUAGACGAACAACCGAGGAGAAAGGAAUAUUCUGAAGAUUGUCUCUAUCUGAACGUUUAUGUCCCUGAUGAUUACAAAGUUGAAGGGUACCCUGUCUUAGUGUGGUUUCACGGAGGAGACUACGUGCGAGGCAGUCCCAACCACAUGAAUCCAUUUCACUUGGUACUCAAACAAAAGGUUAUCUUCGUCUCAGUCGCUUAUCGCUUGAACAUAUUCGGUUUCUUCUCAACAUUAGACAACGAAGCCGUAGGGAACUUUGGGCUAAUGGAUCAAGUAGCCGCUUUGAACUGGGUGAAAACCAACAUAGAAAGUUUUGGAGGUGACCAAGGAAACGUUUGUAUAUUUGGCCAUGACGCCGGUGCAAUCAGUGUUGGACUCCAUUUGGUCUCCCCAUAUUCCGCCGGACUCUUCCAAAAAGCCAUAUCGAUGAGCGGGAACGUUCUUGCUCCAGAAACAGUUGGCAUUGCCAAGAAAGAAACCGUCACAAUAGAUAAAGUGGCAUUGGCCUUCAGUUGCUUCCGAAAACCAACCUUCCAAUUGCUAGAGUGCCUUAGACGAGUCGAUGCUCAAGCCCUUCUCGAUAUAGGAGGACCUUUAUCCGAAUGGAAACCUAUAGUAGACGGUUUCAGUAACAUUUCUGCGCCAUUUCUUCCUGAACUUCCAAGCAAACUGUUUAAAGAAGAGAUUUAUAGCCCUGUUCCAGUUUUAGCUGGUUACACCAAUAUGGAAGACGCGCUCCUGUUAGUCAAGGAAGAAGGUGAAGAUGCAGGCCUGACUCAAAGAGAAUUCGACACCAUGCGUGAAGAAAUAGUCCUAGCGGAUAUAACCUUUGACAAUACUUCAUGUUACACCAACCAGCACCACAUUCAGGACGCAGUCUCAUUCUUCUACAAACCCAUACCGCCUACUAAAAAUGAAACUAUUUUGAGAAAACUAUUCCUUGACUUGUACACAGAUAAAGUUCACGGAGCGACGACUUAUCAGUUAGCAAAAGUCAUCAGCCUCCACGCCCCCGUAUAUCUCUACAGAUUUGAUUUGAAACCUUUUUCAGACAUUGCAAAUGAGGGUAUUCCGGGCUGGAUCGGAGUACCUCACAAUUUCGACCUAAUCUUUACUUUUGGACUACCACAUUUAGCAAAACCCGAGGACUUAAGCAAAUGGGAUUAUAGAGACAAAAGCAUAUCCGAAAUUGUAAUGAAAAUGUGGAGUAAUUUUGCCUGGUAUUCUAAUCCUACUAAUUCUGGGGUAAUAAUAGAAUGGGAACCCUUUGAACUGGAAAAGCCUGGCUAUUUAAUAAUCGACAGGCAAAAUUUCACUAUGAGCACGCAUCAGAAUAUAAACUACAAAGCUUUUGAAUUCUGGACGGAUUUUUACCCAAAAGUUGUGGAAAUUGGCACGAAAUGCUGUAAAGAACCGACAGAAGAAUCUGGCGCCGAUUCAAUUGUGCAAAAAAGAAUCAUGUUGCUGGUUGCCACAGUCACACUGGCAUUAGGUCAACGACCUUUCUUCGCGGGGUCCAGACCUAUCGGGUACCCUGAACUGCCUACUACUACGUCUGCUGGUGGAUUGGGAAAUCGAUUUGGAGAUGGCGACAACUCAACCGUACCAGCGUCAACUGAAAGGCUGCCAGUCGAAGCUAAUGGGGACAGAGAAUUAGUUAACCGUCUGAGUAAACUGCCUAUUGACCAGCAACCCUUCUGGUUCAUCAACUGGCAAGCUUUGGAAGCUAACAGAAGGAAUCCUCAGACUUAUCCUCUAAGACCCAGUCAGUUUGCUGAGCCUUUGUCUCCUAGUGCCGUAGUUGCAAGUCCUAACUUUCCUCCUGCCAAUAAUGUUGGCAAUGUGAAUAGUAAUUCUGGCAGUGCCAAUCGUAAUUCUGGUAAUGUAAAUCCUACUCCCGCAAAUGUUAAUACUGGUGUUUCAAAUGGUGCUGGUCCACUUGGUAACCGAUUCAGUGAUGUCUAUACAAAUAGUGGAAAUGAAAAUUUGAGCUCUAAUAAUAAGGGAUAUGUUAGUUCAGCUAGUGACAAUACUAAGUCUGAGAAACUUAGCAAACCAGAUGAGAAUACAAGCGAUGUGGUUGUUCCGGGUAUCAAUCGGGCGGGAAGUCCACUCGAAGAUACCCUUUUCAAUAGCGAACCCAACAGAAGACUUGACUCUGCUAAUUUUAAUGCCAAUUCAGAAGGAUCAAGUUUAGGCAAUUUAAAUUCCAAUAACAAAGGAUCAGUUAAUGCAGGAACAAAGUCAGACAAAGAAUCCGAGAACAAAAAAGAUGUGCUUAUUCCAUUUUUAGGUCGACAGGGUACUGUUUACCGAGAGGAUGUCAAAGAUGAUAAAAAAGAUGAGGCAACUAAUCCUCUUAAAGAUACGGUUUUUAAUAAUGAACCUAACAGACCUCAAUUACAACCAACUAAACAUUCAAAUUCGGGAAGCGCUGGCCUCCACCAACUGCAUAGUUCUGGCCCUGGAUACAGGUACAGUCAUGAACAUGAUUAUGAGAUCAAGCAACCAUCUAGAUCAAAAUAUGAUUCAUCAGAACAGGAUCCAAAAGAUUUCCACUACGAUUACUAUUUUUAAAUGUAAAGAUUUAGAUUUAGUGAGUAAAAAUGCAUUUGAAUGUAAUAAAACACAUUAUAUUGACUUUUUAAAUAAAUAAACCUUAAAAUUACA